AUGCCUCCUCCCCAACAGCCGUCUCUUCCCUCCUUUUUCUCCCCCCCCCCCCCCCCCUCCCUCCCACCCCCCCCCCCCCCCUCUGCAGAGGCCCUGGAGGACCCGUCCAGCGCCGGCGUCGUGGCCGGGGCAGUGGUCAGCUCCCUCCUGGCUCUGCUCCUGGUCGUGGCGCUCGUCGCCGUGCUCCUGACGCGCGGCCGCCGGCAACAGCGGCGCGGCUACCCCGGCAACGGGGACCCCACGGCGGCGGGCGGCAACGGCGGCGGCAGCAACGGCGGCGACUACGGUAACAAAGCCCGUCUGCUUUUCAGCAGCAGCUCGGGGGCCGGCGGCAAGAACGGCGCCGGCGCCAACAACAACGGGCCCGUCUACACCUACCGGGAGGGCUGCGACGCCACGGGCACGCUGACCGAGACCGCCAACAGCUACCACCACCACCACCUGCACCGCGCCCCCGCCGGGAACCCCCCCACCGCCCGCGACGUCCUGCUCUGCGGCGAGAUGGACGACGGCGAGAGGAGGAAGUUCGACCUGGACGACAGCAUGGAGGAGGAGGAGGAGGAGGAGCGCUACGGCCGCUUUGGGGGCGGGGACAUGCUGCCUCCACCCUAUCACGCCCACAGAGGCCCCGGCGGCGAGGAGGAGAUGGACGUCUACCUGGACGACGACAUGGAAUCUCAGAGGGACGGCUCGGUCAUAUCCAGGACUGCCAUUUACGUCUGA